AUGAGUAAUCAUGCUGCUCCUGAUCCUAAUGUUGAUGAGCCAGAAUUUAGUGACAGUGAAGUUGAGGCAGAGAAUGCUGCAGGGGGUGUAAUUGGUGAUGAUGAUAGUAGUGAUAGUGAAGUUUCAGAGAUAGAGUUGGGUGAAAUUGGGGUGGAUGAUGCUGAUAAUGUUGAAAUCCAUGAACAUUAUCAGGAAGAUGAUAUAGCAGACUUGCAUAGACCAGAUUAUGGUGAAGAUGAUGACUAUGAAGAAAAUGGAAGGAAUAGGUCAAGGGUACAUAGAGGGCCUACAUAUAAUCCUAAAAUCUCAAUGAAAGAUGUGAAAUUACAGGUUGGAAUGCAAUUUUGUAGUAUUAAACAGUUUAAAAGAGCAGUGAGGGAUUAUGCUGUUUAUGGAGGUUAUCAAUUGCAAUUCAAGGUGCAUGAUAGGAUGAGGUGUCAUGUGAUAUGCAUUGGGAAAAACCAGAUUGGACAGUGCAAGUGGAAGUGUUGGUGCUCGAAGAUUUGUGGAGAAAUGACAUUUCAAAUAAAGACAUUAGAAGCUAAGCAUGAAUGUGGAAGAGACUUCCACAAUUGCCUAGCCACUGCAAAGUGGUUAUCUAAAAAAAUUGAAAACAAGAUCAGAGAAGAUAUGGAGAUUAAGGUUACUGAUCUUAUUCCCUGGAUAAGGGAGCAUGUUGUGCUAGAUAUUCCUUAUAUGCGUGCAUAUAGGGCAAAGAAGUUAGCAAUGGAAAGGAUUAAUGGAAAUGCAAAGGUUCAAUAUGCAAGAUUGAGGGAGUACUUGGCAGAAGUUAGGAAGACAAAUGUUGGCAGUACAUGUCAGGUGCAGGUAAAUAGGGAUGCUAAUGAUAAGCCUGUUUUUUGGAGGUUGUAUAUAUGUUUGGAUGCAUUAAAGAGAGGAUUUUUGGAGGGUUGCAGGCCAUUUAUUGGGUUGGAUGGCUGUUUUUUAAAGGGUGUUUAUGGGGGCCAGCUUCUUACAGCUGUGGCCCAUAAUGGUAACCAGGGAAUAUUUCCAAUUGCAUGGGCAGUAGUGAAUGUAGAGAAUACAGAAAAUUGGGACUGGUUUUUGUUUAGGUUGCUUCAAGAUAUUGGAGUUGGUCCUUGGACCUUUAUAUCAGAUCAGCAGAAGGGUUUGGUACAUGUGUUUGAGCACGAUCUGAGUGAAUAUGAGCAUAGGUUAUGUUCAAGACACUUGUAUGCAAAUUUCAGUAAAAAAUUCAAGGGUGUUCAGCUUGAGCAACAAUUCUACAAGAUUGUUAAGGCCACUACAGUGCAAGAAUUUCAAGGAGAGAUGUUGAAUAUGAAAACUUUGGAUACAGGUGGCUGGAAGUGGUUAGAUGAGCGGGCAGACAAGAAAUGGAGCAAGGCCAAAUUCAACACGUUGUCAAAGAAUGAUUGUGCAUUAAAUAAUCUCUGUGAGAGCUACAACUCUAAGAUACUAAGACACAGGGCUAAGCCAAUCAUCACUCUAUUGGAAGAACUUCGAACAGAGUCGAUGAAAAGGCUUGUGAAAUGUAGAUUGGAAAUGGAUAUGAAACAAGGAUUUCUUGUGCCUAUUGUGAGAGACAAGUUGGAGAAAGAAAGGGAAGAAUGUAGAAUGUGGAAUGCUACAUGGGCCGGAGAUGAUAAUCAUUCCCUUUUUGAAGUUUCCAAACAACCAGACAAGUUCAUUGUCAACUUGAAGGAGGGAAGUUGUUCAUGCAGAGUUUGGGAUCUCACAGGAAUUCCUUGUGUCCAUGCACUGGCAUCAAUAAACUGGAAUGGUUUACCAGUGGAGUCAUUUGUUAGUCCUUACUACCAGAGAGAGAGAUAUCUUAGGGCAUAUGCACAGAUUAUACAUCCAAUCAAUGGUCCAAAGCUGUGGGUCAACACUGGGGCUGAAGCAAUAUUGCCACCUCCUCCAAGGAAAACUAGGGGGAGACCUAAGCAAAAAAGAAGAAGGGAAGAAAAUGAGCCUCCCACAAAUGGUAAAAUUAAAAGAACAUACCCUAUUGUAAAGUGCAGCAAAUGCAAACAAGUUGGGCAUAAUGCUAGGACUUGUGAGAGGCAUCAAUCUGUGGCUCAAGCCAAUGCUGCUAGAAACAGAGGCACUAUCAACAACAGAGGAAGGGUAAGAGGAAGGGGAAGUGGUCGGGGAAGAGGGAGAGGAAGGUCAAGGUCUUCUUCCAUAGUUUCAGACACAAGAGUCUGUUAAUUGUUAAAGAGAUGUUUGAUGGUUGUCAUGGGUGAUAUGUUUUUCGGGCUACGCUAUUUUAGUUUCUAAGUCUAUUUUAGUCAUGGGUUUGGUGGU